AAAACUGUAGCUAUCAUAGCUUAUUUGCAGCAAAUCCCCCAGAAAUGUAGAAAAAUAAUAUCCCAAAAGAACUACUUGCCCGUUACGCAUGUCCAAAAUUCCAAAUUCUUAAAAAAUUAAUCAAACUCCAAAUCACAAGUAAAUCGAAUCCGAAUUAAUUAAAAUUAACUGGAAGACGAUGCGCUGAGAUGAAGGAGAGAACCAAAUUGGUGAUUCGGCAUUUGCCUCCUUCUCUUUCUCAAUCCGACCUCCUCUCACUCUUUCACGAUCGUUUCGUUGACCGCUACAAAUGGUUCUCCUUUCAUCCAGGAAAGUCCAGCCAUAAGCAUCAGAUUCAGAGGUUUUCUCGAGCUUAUGUUGAGUUGAGGACAGCGGAGGAUGUUUUCGAGUUCGCUGAUUUGCUCAAUGGACAUGUUUUUGUUAAUGAGAAAGGAUCUCAGUUUAAAACAAUUGUUGAAUAUGCUCCUUCGCAACGUGUUCCUAAGCCUUGUACUAGAAAAGAUAGCCGUGAAGGCACAAUUUACAAUGACCCUGAUUAUCUGGAGUUCCUCAAACAUAUUGCAAAACCUGUUGAGAAUCUUCCUAGUGCAGAAAUUCAGUUGGAAAGAAAAGAAGCUGAACUGUCUGGCGCCGCAAAAGACACUCCUAUUGUUACACCAUUAAUGGAAUAUGUUAGGCAGAAACGAGCUUCUAAAAGUGGAACUCAGAGUUCCUCAGCUGCUGGAAAAGCUAGCAGAAGAAGUAGGGGAGCUUCUUCCAGAAAGUCUGGUUCAAGUACUUCCAAGAGAGGCUCAGAGAAGAAAAAGUAUAUUCCAAAGGGCAGUGAGAAGAACAGGAGUCAAAAGGGCAAAUCAUCUUUCAUUGUGGUGCCUAAGCAAGAAGGUCAGCCUACCUCUUCUGUUGGGAAAGGAAUUUUAGAAAGUGAUACCAUUCUUGGUCUUGAAGGUUCUGUUUCGGGAAUAACCUUGACCUCUGAUUCUGGAAAGAAAAAGAUAUUGCUUUUGAAAGCGAAAGAUCCUGAAAUUUCUCAUCAGUGCGAAACAACAUCCAGUGGAACUACCACAAUUACUACAAAACAGAUUCAGAGGCAGGAAAGCCAAACCCAUCCUUUGGUUGCAAUCCAACCUCAGGAGAAGCAAGCCUUAAAUUUAGAGAAUGGGAAGCCACUGCCUCGGUCUAUGAAUAAGCAGUCGUGUACAGAUGGUCAUGUAUCUAAUAAUGACCUACGCACAUCUAGAUCUGACCGCAAUAUGAAGAGAGGUCCAGACAGUAGAUUUGUGAGAAAAAUCCUGAAUGGUUUAGAUACUGCAAGUGAGAAGCAAGAGAAACACACAAGAAAUAGGGAUAGACCUGAUUAUUUUUCCCGGGCUUCUCAUCACCAUUCUGAUGUUUCACAGACUACCGAGCAGUGCUUGUCAUCCUUGCAGCCUAAUGAAUUGCUUUCAAAUUCAAUUGAAGUUCCUCAUGGAGACACCAAAGAUGACAUUCCACUCAAAAGCAAGACUUGUGGAGUUAUAGCUCCUUCAAAUGGAGGUUCCCGACAUAGUGGUCGUCGUGUAGUUGCCCGUGCUACAAAGGAUGAUGAGGGCAAGUCUUCCAAAAGAAGAGGUGCAGCCAGCUCUGGUGCCCAUGAGAAGCAAGUUUGGAUUCAAAAGUCAUCUUCUGGGCAUUAAAUUAUUUGUCUAAUUCUUGUUUUAAAAGUUGCAACUCUUUUCCAGAUGUUGAGAAUCUAGUUUUUGCUGCUAUAUCACAAUUAACGGCAGGAUCUUAUUUACCUCGUUGGAGUUUGCAAUUGGUAAAUAAUCCUAAGGUUUGUUUUAGUCCAUUCCCAGUUUUGGAUCUAAUCUCUUUUGAGAUUCAUUCCCAAGUCCAUCAUCUCUAAUCCGGGGAAGCAACUUUGUUUCAUAAGCAAAGAAAAGCUUCCAACUGAUGUGAUUAUUGAAUUAUCUGCCCCGUAUCUAAGAAUUUUCAAUCCUCUCCAGCAUGAGAGAAGAAUCGAAAUUAGAUUGAAAGGUGGAUAUCAGCAGUGCCAACCAUACCUAAAUUGUAGUUGUUGCUUGGGUAUGUGCAGCCUUGGGUGAUAAAUUAUUAGUGACAUGGACCCAGUUGGUAUCAGUUGUAGGGGUUUUUUUUUUUAAUAGGUGAGACUUGGUUGUACCUGUGAAUAUGUUGGUAUUAUAUGCGUCCUGUAAAAGUUGUUUCGGGUUGGGUUGCAGUGGUUGAACCUUAGACUUAAAUCGUUAGAGAGAAGAAAUAUGGGCGUGCAUAUAAUAUAAUGAGGUUAAGUAUAAUACUGAUUGGGAAGUUGGAAUUAAGAAAUAUUAAGCAGUAAGUUUGAGAGCAUAUCCCGGUUUGUAUAGACGCUUAUAUUAUUAUGUAGUAGGUGGUUUCUGUGGAGCA